AUGGCGAAACGUUUCCGAAUUUCAGACAUGGUCCGCAUCACCCAGAUGCUCAAGACCCAGUCCAAGACCCGUCUGGUCGGCCCCAACUGCCCCGGCAUCAUCGCCCCCGGCCAGUGCAAGAUCGGCAUCAUGCCCGGCUUCAUCCACAAGCGCGGCCGCAUCGGCAUCGUCUCCCGCUCCGGCACCCUGACCUACGAGGCCGUCAACCAGACCACCCAGGCCGGCCUCGGCCAGUCCCUCGUCGUCGGCAUCGGCGGUGACCCCUUCAGCGGUACCAACUUCAUCGACUGCCUGAAGGUCUUCAUCGAGGACGAGGAGACGGACGGCAUUAUCAUGAUUGGCGAGAUUGGUGGCUCCGCCGAGGAGGACGCCGCCGAGUUCCUCAAGCAGGCCAACACCGUCAACGGCGGCAAGCCCGUCGUCAGCUUCAUCGCCGGCAUCUCCGCUCCCCCCGGCCGCCGAAUGGGCCACGCCGGUGCCAUCGUCUCCGGCGGCAAGGGUGGUGCUGACUCCAAGAUUGCCGCCCUGGAGAACGCCGGCGUCAUUGUGGAGCGCUCGCCCGCUGGUCUGGGCAAGGCCCUCUACAACGAGUUUGUCCGCCGCGACCUGCUGUAA